AUGAAUGGCAAUAAUUCCCUGCCUACUCUCCCGGAAGAUACUGGCGGCAUCCCUCAUUCUGGCCUCGCCAAAGAAGAAGACACUCCUGCACUACCGGACUUCCCCAUCUUCCCAAUAGCAAACCCAGGCUUUGGCGUAAUGUCUCCCGCGUUCAACGGUGUCCAGCCCGACAUGGCGGCCAUGGCACCACCACAAACUAUCUCAGCAGACGAGAUCGCCCUCUACGACCGGCAGAUCCGGUUAUGGGGAAUGCAAGUGCAACAGAGGCUGCGACAAGCGAACAUACUCUUGAUAGGAAUGAGAGGCCUGGGCAAUGAGAUCGCAAAGAAUCUUGUACUGGCGGGAGUGGGAACAUUGACCAUUCUGGAUCAUGGAAUAGUCACAGAAGAAGACCUUGGUUCCCAAUUUCUCAUUACCGAGGCCAAUAUUGGUCAAAAUCGAGCACAAGCGGCUCUGCCAGAACUCCAAAAGCUAAACCCAAGGGUUCAUCUAUACACCGACCCGGACGAUAUCAAAGAGAAGCUGCCAGAAUAUUUCCAUUCCUUCGAGAUCACAAUCGCGACCGGCCUGACGCUGGACGUACUGUGCAAUAUCAACAUGGCAUGCCGAACGUAUGGCCGGAAAUUCUAUGCUGCGGACACACAUGGCGUCUAUGGUUUUGUUUUUGCUGAUCUCUUUCUUCAUGACUUCAUUGUCGAGAAGCCGCGCAGCAAUAAACCCACUCAGAUUGGGGACGUGGAGACGCCCACACGCAUUGUCACUGGGGUUGAGUCUAAGAAGGAGGGUGAAACAGUCACCGACAUCAUCACGUAUCAGGAGUCGUAUACGCCUUUGCAGUUGGCGAACCUGUCGCCAUUGCCUGCUAGGGCCAGAAAUACGCGACGCAGCAAGCUGCGGGUAACACCCCUUCUCUCAUGCUUACGAGCGCUCUUUGAGUUUCAAAGCCAGAGUGGAGGCAACCUACCUAUGGUCCAGAGGCCUGCGGACCUUGCGAUGUUUACUCGGCUCGCCAACCAAAAGCACCUGGAACUUGAGUUACCUCCCGAGACCCUGAAAGCCGAUUUCUUACGCAGCUUCCUACAAAACCUCGGCGCCGAGAUCAGCCCUAGCGUCGCGGUUCUCGGAGGUUUUCUGGCGCAAGAUGUGAUCAAUGUUCUCGGACAGAAAGAGCCUCCACUGCAAAAUUUCCUGUUGUUCGAUGGAGAGGACUUGACUGCAACACCAUACAGUCUCCACCCGAUCAAUGACGAUGCCAUGGCUAUGAUGCACAGUACCGGAAUUCCAAUGAUGGCUGCACCUGUGCAGGGAAACGGAGCAGCAGUUGUGGCAUGA